UGUGCGCGUGUAUUUCUGUGUGAGACAGCGAGAGAGAUUUCGCGCAUUCUCACGUUGGUUUCUCCAGAGGAAGGGGCGGGUUCCGCGUCGUUGGUUAUCCGGACUAGUGUCGUCGCAGCCCGGGGACAGAAGUGAAGCUUGUCCGGACCAGCGGGAGACGCGAGGAAAGUGACCGCGGCGGGGACGACCAGAAGCGGCCGAGAUGCCUCUUGCACAGUUGGCGGAUCCCUGGCAAAAAAUGGCUCUGGGGAAGGUGGUGAGCGAGGAUACCCAUCACGUUUUGGAGGAUUCUGUGGGGGAUGAUGAUUCUGUUCCUGUCUCUACGGAGGAAGUCCCCAUGAAGGAGAUCAACAUCACCCUGCACACGAAGGAGGGGUCGGAGCGCGCCGACCCGCGGCAGUUUGAACUGCGCAAGGUCCUGGGACAGGGCUCCUUCGGCAAGGUGUUUUUGGUGAGAAAGAUCACAGGACCAGAUGCAGGCCAGUUGUAUGCCAUGAAGGUUCUGAAGAAGGCCACGCUUAAAGUGCGGGACAGAGUGAGAACUAAGAUGGAGAGAGACAUCUUGGUGGAGGUCAACCACCCCUUCAUCGUCAAGCUGCACUAUGCAUUCCAGACCGAGGGGAAGCUGUACCUGAUCCUGGACUUCCUGCGAGGAGGAGAUCUGUUCACAAGGCUCUCCAAGGAGGUGAUGUUCACUGAAGAGGACGUCAAGUUCUACCUGGCGGAGUUGGCCCUUGCGCUGGACCAUCUGCACGGUCUGGGAAUCAUUUACAGAGACCUGAAGCCCGAGAACAUCUUGUUAGAUGAAGAAGGACACAUCAAACUCACAGACUUUGGCCUGAGCAAGGAGGCCGUCGACCAUGAGAACAAGGCGUACUCGUUCUGCGGGACGGUGGAGUACAUGGCCCCUGAGGUGGUCAACAGGAGAGGACACACGCACAGCGCUGAUUGGUGGUCCUACGGCGUGCUCAUGUUUGAGAUGCUGACGGGGACUCUCCCCUUCCAGGGGAAGGACAGGAAGGAGACCAUGACCAUGAUCCUAAAGGCUAAGUUGGGGAUGCCACAGUUCUUGAGUUCAGAAGCCCAGAGUCUCCUCAGGAACCUGUUCAAGCGGAACCCGGCUAACAGGCUAGGAGCGGGACCAGAUGGUGUGGAGGAGAUUAAAAGACAUCAUUUCUACAACACCAUUGACUGGAAUAAGCUCUUCCGCAGGGAGAUCCCUCCUCCUUUCAAACCCGCCUCAGGCCGUCCCGAUGACACCUUCUACUUCGACCCAGAGUUCACCGCCAAGACCCCAAGAGAUUCUCCAGGAGUGCCUCCCAGUGCCAACGCCCAUCAGCUCUUCAGAGGCUUCAGUUUUGUUGCGAUAACGGAGGAAGAAACUCAACCAUUACCAAAUGUCAUAGUAAAGCAGCUGCACAGAAGCACGUCUCAGUUCUCGGACGCGUAUGACAUCAAGGAGGACAUCGGCGUGGGGUCGUACUCCAUCUGCAAGCGCUGUUUACACAAAGGCACCGGCAUGGAGUACGCGGUCAAGAUCAUUAGCAAGGCCAAGAGGGACCCCACGGAGGAGGUGGAGAUCCUGCUGAGAUACGGCCAGCACCCUAACAUCAUCACCCUCAAAGACGUGUUUGACGAUGGGCGCUCCGUCUACCUGGUCUCUGAGCUGAUGAAGGGCGGCGAGCUGCUGGACAAGAUCCUGCGGCAGAAGUUCUUCUCUGAGAGAGAGGCGAGCGCCGUGCUGUACACCGUCACCAAGACCCUGGAGUACCUCCACGUCCAGGGGGUGGUCCACAGAGACCUGAAGCCCAGUAACAUCCUGUACGUGGACGAGAGCGGGAACGCCGAGUCCAUACGCGUCUGUGACUUUGGCUUCGCCAAGCAGCUCCGCGCCGAGAACGGCCUUCUGAUGACGCCCUGCUACACCGCCAACUUCGUGGCCCCCGAGGUGUUGAAGAAGCAGGGAUAUGAUGCGGCCUGCGACAUUUGGAGCCUUGGAGUCCUGCUAUACACCAUGCUCACAGGGUUCACUCCCUUUGCGAACGGCCCAGAAGACACCCCCGAGGAGAUCCUGGCUCGGAUCGGCAGUGGGAAAUUCUCCCUGAGUGGAGGAUACUGGAACUCUGUCUCCACUGAGGCCAAGGACCUGGUGUCCAAGAUGCUCCAUGUGGACCCCAGCCAGCGGCUGACAGCAGGACAGGUGCUCCGGCACCCAUGGGUGAUACACCGCGAACAGCUGCCAAAGUACACCCUCAACCGACAGGACGCCCCACACCUUGUCAAGGGCGCCAUGGCCGCCACCUACUCGGCCCUCAACAGGAACGUGUCCACGGUCCUGGAGCCGGUGGGCUGCUCCACCCUGGCCCAACGGAGGGGCCUGAAGAAGCUCACCUCGACCGCUCUGUGACCUCA